UUCUGUGUCAAGUCUCACGAAAUGUAUGUACACAAAUACAAUACACUCUGGAGAGAGGAGAGGAGGUGUUGAGGCAGGAUAAUGGCGACGGUGUCGUUGUUCCGCAAUUUAGUAGUAUAUGGCCGUUCUCCUCUGAUUCAGCAUCAUCAGAUGUAUGCUACUAGCAUCCCUAAUAGAUCAAAAAAGUCUGUCCGCUGUAAAACUGAUGUGCGUAUCUUUGCUCAAUAUUCGCAGACCAGGGAUGUUUUUACUUCUCGCCUCCAAGAUAGCAUUGAGAACUUGCCCGAGCUUUUGCAAGAUAUUGUCAGCACAUCAAUUAACACUGGUCCACGAGGAGUCCUGAGAUUUGCUCAAGGUAUUCAAGCGGUUAUUGGUGUCGGUGGUGAAUGGCUGACAGAUGUAUCAAGGGCAACAAACACAUCUUCUGGUUUACCAGUUCAAAUGCAGCUUGGGCUGCUUUCGCCAGUCUAUCUGAGGAGAUUGUUUGCUCGUUUGGGUGCAACUUAUAUAAAACUAGGGCAGUUCAUAGCAUCAGCACCAACAUUAUUCCCUCCGGAAUAUGUUCAAGAAUUCCAGUAUUGUUUCGACAAAGCCCCAUUAGUUCCUUUUGAAGAUAUUCAGAAGAUAUUGCGCGAGGAGCUUGGAAAACCAAUUGAUGAUGUGUAUGAGUAUGUUGACCCUACACCAAUUGCUUCUGCCUCGAUAGCUCAGGUUCAUGGUGCAAGGCUCAAAGAUACCAAAGAUGAUGUGGUGAUAAAAGUCUUGAAACCUGGUAUAGAAGACAUAUUGGUAGCUGAUCUGAACUUUGUUUACAUUGCUGCUCGACUUUUGGAGUUUUUGAGUCCUGACCUGAGCCGUACUUCACUGGUUGGUAUUGUCAAAGAUAUAAGGGAAUCAAUGCUUGAAGAAGUUGAUUUCAGAAAAGAGGCUGCAAAUAUUGAGGCAUUUAGAAGAUACCUACAAACAAUGGGGCUCACAAGGAAGGCAACAGCACCAAAAGUUUACCUUGAUUACAGUACUCAACGAGUUUUGACAAUGGAAAGGUUUUAUGGAGUUCCUUUGACAGACUUAAAUUCCAUUAGUUCUCUUGUAUCAAGUCCAGAAACAAGUCUUAUAACAGCCCUGAAUGUGUGGUUUGGUAGUUUGCUUGCUUGUGAAACAUUCCAUGCGGAUGUACAUGCAGGAAAUUUAUGGCAGUUGCGUGAUGGCCGUAUUGGGUUCCUUGACUUCGGCAUUGUUGGGCGAAUAUCACCAAAAACUUUUGCUGCCAUGGAAGUAUUUUUGGCAUCAAUUGCAACACAAGAAUAUGACUCAAUGGCAUCUGCUUUGAUUGAAAUGGGCGCUACAAACAAGAAUGUGGAUUCCCGGACCUUCGCAAAGGAUUUGGAGAAGAUAUUUUCGUCUAUACAGGAUUUGGACACUGAAAUUAUUGUUGCAACAGCCAAGGGAACUAAUACCAAUGCUGCUGCUGUUUCUGCCAAUCUAGUUGUUGAUGAAAGACAGAUGAAUGCACUAUUUCUUGAUGUGGUUCGUGUUAGUGAAUCAUAUGGGUUGAAGUUUCCUAGGGAAUUUGCACUUCUUAUGAAACAACUGCUCUAUUUUGAUCGCUAUACACGAUUGCUGGCGCCGAACUUGAACAUGCUUCAAGACCAAAGAGUCACCAUUGUCUCUAAGAGAAGCGGUGGCAACAGGAAUACUUAUCAGUAAAGUUAAA